UUGUGGGCAACAUUGCAGUCUUUCUUUCUUUUAGGCAGGACUAUUCGCUCUUUCAUUUAUUGGUCCAGUUGUAUUUUCUUACAUGUCAUUGCGCGAAUUAUUGUCUUGAAACAAAUCCACGUUUUGGAACUCUUUGGACCUGCUUUCUGUGUGCAAUAUAAGGAAAAUCAAAACAAUGGAACCGAAAGCACGGCUUUGGUUAAGGUACGUCUCGAUCUUCGUAUUCAUUGCGGCUGUAUUUCAGACAGCAUCUGCUGUUACUCACUACACAAUUCCAGAGGAGAUGGACGAAGGGACUGUGGUUGCAAAUUUGGUGUCUGAUUUGGGAUUGGAUUUGAAAAGCCUUAGUAAACGUAAAAUACGUUUGGAUGUCGUUGCAAAUAAAAAAUACCUUGACGUUAACAAAGAUACUGGGGAGCUGUACAUUUUAGAAAGGAUUGAUAGAGAGAAUUUGUGCCCAAUUAAAUCGGUCACAACUUGUCUGCUUAAAGUGGAUGCCACAUUAGAGAAUCCUAUUCGAAUGUUUAAUAUUGAACUUGAAAUAAUGGACAUAAAUGAUAAUGCGCCACGUUUCCGACGAGAUACAAUGCAUUUAGACAUAUCAGAGGCCACAACAAUAGGAGAGAGAUUUUCCCUCACUAAUGCUGUAGAUCCUGAUACAGGUUCAAAUUCGGUAAAGACAUACUAUCUCAGUGAAAGCGACCAUUUUAGUAUUGAGAUUCAGACUGGACGAGACGGAUCUAAGUUUGCUGACUUGAUACUGAAAAAGUCAUUAGACAGAGAAAAACAAGCUUCACGUAAUCUGAUACUCACUGCUGUGGAUGGAGGAGUCCCCGCGCGCUCUGGCACUGCUAGCAUUAUUGUGCGCGUUUUGGAUACGAAUGACAACGCUCCUCAAUUCGAUAAAGACAGUUACAAUAUAAAUCUAACAGAAAACGCGCCUAUUGGAAGCCUUGUAGUGAAAUUAAACGCCACUGAUAAAGAUGAAGGAACGAAUUCCGAUAUAUUUUACUCUUUUAGUCUGUAUACGUCAGAAAAAACGCAGCAGACAUUCAGUCUGAAUCCUGACAAUGGAGAAAUCAGAGUAAAAGAGAUGAUUAAUUAUGAGGAUUUCAGGAUCUAUGAUAUGGAAAUUAUAGCAACAGAUAAAGGAGCUAAUAGUCUUUCUGGGAAAUGUAAAGUAAAGAUUUUAAUCACAGAUAUGAAUGACAAUCAUCCUGAAAUUUCUAUAAAAUCAUUCUCAAGUCCAGUGAAAGAGGAUAUACCUGUAAAUACAGUAAUUGCAGUUGUUAGUGUGAGUGAUAAAGACUCAGAAGAAAAUGGGCAGGUAGAUAUUCAUAUUUCUGAUGAUUUACCUUUUGCACUUAAAGAAUCGUCUGAUAAUUAUUAUGAAUUAUUAGUUUCAGAACCGUUAGACCGUGAAAAGGUUCCAGAAUAUGACAUCACUAUUACCGUGACUGACAGGGGCAACCCGCCGUUAUCUGAUAAUGAAACUAUAACUUUAGAGCUGCUGGACGUUAACGACAAUGUUCCUCAGUUCCCGCAGACAUUCUACACGAUACCUGUUAUGGAGAAUAACGCGCCUGGAGCUUUACUGAGCUCUUUAACUGCUAUAGACCCAGAUCUCCAUGAAAAUCAGUAUCUAGUCUAUUUUAUCAUAGAGAAGGAAAUAGUGAACACCUCCAUGUCCAUGCUGUUCUCCAUUAACCCAGAGAACGGGAAUCUUUACGCGCUAAAGACGUUUGACUAUGAGAUAGAGAAGGAGUUCCUUUUCCACAUCGAGGCCAGAGACUCUGGCGUUCCUCCGCUCAGCAGUAACGUGACCGUUCACAUUAUUAUCAUGGAUCAGAACGACAACACGCCGCUUAUAGUGUCUCCAUGGCGCGCGCACGGCUCGGUGGUGGAGGAAAAGAUCCCGAGAUCCACCGAUAAAGGAACACUGAUAGCCAAAGUCAUCGCCAUAGACUCCGAUUCAGUGCACAACUCUCGAAUCACGUACCAGUUCCUCCACAACACUGACGCCACAUUAUUCCGCUUGGAUCAAUAUAACGGAGAGAUCCGGACCAUGAGAAUGUUCAGUUACAGAGACUCGCGCCACCAGCAGCUGGUUGUGAUCGCCAAGGACAACGGAGAGCCCGCGCUCUCUGCUACAGUCACCAUCAAACUGUCCACGGUGGAGACCGCCCUUAAAACCUAUGCUGACAUGACUGAGGUGCCUUUGGGAUAUGACAUCUUCUCCGAUUUAAACCUGUAUCUGGUGAUCGGACUGGGCUCUGUUUCAUUUCUUUUACUCAUCACUAUAUUGGUCACCAUCGUGCUGAAGUGUCAGAAAACGAAGCCCAGCAAAGCGGCUCCUCCGUGCAGGAACAGUGUGAUCAGCGAGAGGAACUCGACCAUCGCGGAUUCCACUCUGGUCUCCAACGAUGCCUACUGGUACAGUUUAUUUCUAGCAGAGACCAGGAAAGGAAAGCUGGUGGUCAGACAGCCUGUGCCAAAGGGAGCGAGAUACAUCGUGUCCAGUUUACCGAGGAGCACAGGACUGACCGAGACCAGCGACUCAGCUGCAUCUACACUACAGUACUCAAAAUGAACGAGGUCCCCUCUCCCGCUGGAGGCAUCCACCACCACCAGCAGCAGUUCCACCUGAGAAUGAUCCUCCCAACCAUAUUGCCAGAGCAACGUAUGAAAAAAGUUCCAUCAACCUGCAUGUCUGUCCACCUGUAUCCAUCAUAUUCCCCUGCACCAUCAUACAACCCUGAACCCAACCCUGAAUGAUGCCUACAUCUUCACAUCAGUGUUUGGAGAGUUUGCCCUGGUCUGACCAGAGGAAUGACGAAGAUCUUUUGCCUAUGAUACUAAGAGAUAGCCUGACUGGUCAAGAUUGGACUUGGACUGGAUCUGUGAACACACACACACACACACACACACACACACACACACACACACACAUGCAUGUCUUCAAACAGCACAGCUCAUGUCUUUAUCAAAUAAACUGUUCUGCAAAACCAGUAUGCUUGUGUUUGCAUGGUUAGAGUUCCCCUAUAUUUCUUUGUUAUAUUUAGUGACUGGUAAAGACAUUGGGGAGAGAAAUUAUUAACAGAAUAUUCUCAUAUGAACUGGUGUGGACACUGAAUUGCAAAAAAAAAAAAAAAAAACAUUUUUAAUCAGUAGACACUAAUGACAUGGGAUUUUUUUUGCAAUGUGAAUUAUAUUAAACGAGCACAAAGAGGAUUAAAUGAUUCAGUCAUGUUGAGAGAUGGAGUGUGGACCUUUUGCUAGACUGAAUUUGGACACUGAAAGCUUCUCUUUCCCUGCAAUGGAUGUAUAAAGCCUUUCUUAUGUGUUUUCUUGGAUCUCAUAAAGAAUUCUAUCAGAAUAAUGCAAGUAUUAUCCAGUGUAUUCAGAAGAGGUCACAGCAAAUUUGAUUUGUGGUGCCGUAUAGUCUUUGCUUAUCUCUGUAAUGUUGUAUUAUGUCUGUAUUGCUGUUUGUGUUGGUAUUUUUACGUUUCAGUAUGUAAAGAAUCAAGUUGAAUCUAAGCACUGAUCUGACUCAGAAAGUGUAGAGUAUCAUUGUAGUUAUGAUCUCUCCUAAUAUGAUCAUAGAGUGUAGUGGAGGCUGUAAAAUCAUCAUGACUGCUUCCUCUGUGGUGUCUGGUGACAUUCAUGAAUGCACAAACGCAGACACAGCACAGUGAUGUCAUAGUGCAGACAUCUGAAGGUCACAGCGGUUUCUAAGAUGAGUUUAGGAGAUUCAUUAAGUAGCCUCUCCCUGAUGCCCAAGAUUUCUGUCUCAGAUAAAAACCCACUGACUUCUAAUAGAGACUGUUAAACAGCGAGUUCCUUCAUUUUGUCCUUUAUAAAAACACCACAAUAUUUCAGAGAUUAACCAUCAGACUUCAUUAAAUCUUUGAAAUAAGGCUAAAUGUAAAGAGCACUCAAGGUGGUGGAUGGGUUUUAUUUGCUUUAAAAUAAGAAAAAUGACUAAUGAACUGCUAAUGUUUACUUAUCAACUGUAUAAUUAUCUAAUAUUAGGAAAUGUGUUUAAUAUUCAUGGAAAUGCUUUG